UCAGGCCGCAAAGAAUCGGGGCUGUUGCCUGGACCGAGAAGCCGCAAUGGCCGUCACAGGAAAGGCAACGAACUUGGUUGCCUUGCUCUCCAGAUGUAUUCUCACUCACGAGAAGAGUGUCGCCUUAGUUACCAGGCAACGACGUUUUGGGGGGGGGUCACUUUGACUGUCUCCUACUAUUGUGGCUCAUCCUUUUUUACUCUACCGGUAAUUCUGUGCUUCGGAUAUAAAUUUCACCUCAUUCUCCCCUUCAGCAUCGCUUCUCAUCAAGACUCAAUCACAUCAAAAAGCCUCUUAAAGCAUAACUGUCAUACAUUGUCUUUGCAUAUAUUAUCUCUCAACACCCCAAGCCUUUUGCAAGGAAAGAAAUGUCCUACGACCGCUACGGCAAGCCUGUUGUUCAUACUUCAUCACCAAGAUCUACUCUCAGCUCUGCCUACACUACGAAUAGCACUGCCAGCAAGGCCUACACCCAGGCAUACCGAGAGCCAGCAAUCUACUCUCCAUAUUCCUCAUCAUCGAGAUCGUCUCGAGAUUACUACAUCGCCAGCCCCAUGCCUAAAUUGAGCAGCGCCAGUACUGGCCGUGGAUACGGCAGCUCGCCUUCCGCAAACAGCUCGAGUUCUUCGAGCUAUGGGCAGGGUGGAGCCACAAGCUAUGUCGUUCGGACUCCAAGUGCAGGAAGUAUGUGAAGCGAUACAACUCUGCUG